UGAAAUCUUAAGACUGAAGUCAGGCUUCAUCUUCAUUCUCACUCAGUUCCUCACUCGCCUUUAUAAACCCUACUUUCUCCGCCUGCCUUCCCCGAAUUCCGAUCCAUUUCUUCGUCUUCCUUUCAAUUUCGCUUCCAAAUUCUUGACGAAACUAUCUCCCAUGGCCAGCACCGAUACCGAGCGCAGAGAAGAGGAGGAGGCUCCAGUUGGAGAGGAUGAAGAUACUGGAGCCCAAGUCGCCCCAAUCGUCAAGUUGGAGGCCGUCGCCGUCACCACUGGCGAAGAAGAUGAAGACGCUAUUCUUGAUCUGAAAUCCAAACUCUACCGAUUCGAUAAGGAUGGGAACCAAUGGAAGGAGAGGGGUGCUGGUACUGUCAAGUUUUUGAAACAUAAGGAGUCCGGCAAGGUUCGCCUUGUUAUGAGACAGUCUAAGACUCUCAAGAUCUGCGCUAACCAUCUUGUUCUUUCAUCAAUGUCGGUUCAAGAACACGCUGGAAAUGAGAAAUCGUGUGUGUGGCAUGCGACUGACUUUGCUGAUGGUGAAUUGAAAGAUGAGCUUUUUUGUAUCAGAUUCCCAUCUAUUGAGAACUGCAAGACCUUCAUGGAAACGUUCCAAGAAGUUGCGGAGUCCCAAAUGAAGAAAGAGGAAAAUAAAGAUGCAUCUGCAGCAGCUGGUCUACUUGAAAAGUUGAGCGUUGAAGAAGAAAAGAAAGCUGAGGACAAAUCUGAGGAUAAAUCUGAGGACACACCCGCAAAAUCCAAGGAAGAGGAUACUCCUGAGGGUGAGCCAGGAAAAUCAGAUGCAGAGAAGAGCAAAUAGGAGGAGGUUAUUUGCCCUUACAGAUAUAUCUGGUAGCAGAGACUACGAUGAGGUUGACGUCUCUUCCUUCCAUCCAUGUCUUGGUACGUUUAAACAUAGUCAAUUCUUGGAUUGGAUAACUUUUUGUGGGCUGGAGAACUGGGAGUCGUCUGAAUCAUACGUGGGUCAGUCGGUCAGUUGGUUGGAGUCGUUUUCUUCAUUUCCUUUCAAAAUGAGGUUGAUUUGUAGUCAGUGUGUGUCAAGUAGUCGUGUGGUGGCGGUUUGUGAAUCCUCAAAGUUGAAUAGCAGUUUUAGAAUACCAUGAAGUUUGUGCGCUGAAAAUACUGCAAAAGGGGUUGGAUUAGUAGCCAAACAAGAGUAAUUAUAUAUACACUUUUUGGUUUGAUUUGCUCAGUUCCGAUGAUUUUCAGCUUCCGGAUAAUGAGAAAAUUAUGCUCUGUCUUGUGGUGUGGUGUCUAUUAUUUAAGUUUUAGCUAUGUUCUAUUGUGCAGUGUGCUUGCAUUUUGACUGCUUUGCUUUAUAUUGUAUCAUCUGUUUUUGAGGAUGGUUUGUAUUGUAUUUCUCAGAGGUGGUGCUCACAUAAAUACAACAUCAAUGAUCGAUGUUUUUUUAA